UCUCAAAAGUCUCUUCAUGUCCCUAUUUGAUUCCCAAACAUAAAUCUUUUCGAUUCAAAUUCCUCAAACAUCAUCACCACCUUUACAAAAGUUGCUUCAUUUUCGUUGAGCUUGGUGCGUGUGAUACAGAUUCAUAUAAAGCUGUCUGUUCCUCACAUGUGUCUUUCACGUUUCAUUUCUUAAUUCCCUGCUUCUCUGUCUUGUUGUUUUUCUCACUCUUUCUUUCUUUCUUUCUUUCUCUGUCUCUCCCAACAAAAUAUUUCUCAUAUUACUUUUUGUGCAUGCACCUUAUAUGUUUGAGUAAAUGCGCCAUUGAACAUUCGUUACAGGGUGUGCCACCAAGCUCAUGGGUUUCUAAGAGCCCCCUUCCUCAAAUUCUCUUUUUUUAUGGUUUUCAUGGUGGCACAAGGAAGCUGGUAAAAGGGUUGAGGUUCUUCCGUUAAACCCAGGCAGAAAGAAGGAUCAGAUAUUUCUGACAUGAGAGAUAAGAAAUAAUCAUGAAGCUUUGCAAUAAAUUAAUAAAAAUAUAUUCCACAAUAAUUUGAUGAUCCUCUCCUUUGGGUUGCUGUGUUAUGAAAGAUGCAAGUGUUGACCUGGGAUUUUUUGGAGGAAUCAAGAAGAGAAGGUUGUGAUAUAUGAAUUAGCAUAAAAAAAGAGGAGAUUUUUAGGGAGGUGAAUCCAAUAUGGCUGCGCCUGUAAGCACCCCUAGGAAAAAAAUGACCAAACAAUUGACAGGAAAAAGGGAUGAUACCCCUUUGCAUUCUGCAGCAAGAGCAGGGAAUCUGGCUGUGCUGAAGGAUACCCUUACCGGUAUCGAAGAGGAUGAACUUCAUGAGUUAUUGGCCAGGCAGAAUCAAGAUGGAGAAACAGCGCUUUAUGUGGCUGCUGAAUAUGGUUAUGUUGAUGUAGUCAGGGAGAUGAUUCAGUAUUAUGAUCUUGCUGAUGCUGGGAUCAAAGCAAGGAAUGGUUUUGAUGCAUUUCACAUUGCUGCCAAACAAGGGGAUUUAGAUUUACUGAAGAUCCUUAUGGAGGCUCAUCCUGAAUUGUCAAUGACUGUGGACCCAUCCAACACCACAGCUUUGCACACUGCUGCAACACAAGGGCAUACUGAGAUAGUGAAGUUCCUUUUGGAAGCAGGAAGUAGCCUUGCAACCAUUGCAAGAAGUAAUGGGAAAACAGCUCUGCAUUCUGCUGCGAGAAAUGGGCAUGUGGAGGUUGUGAAAGCGCUUCUUGAGAAGGAGCCUGGAGUUGCAACACGGACCGAUAAGAAGGGCCAGACAGCGCUUCACAUGGCAGUGAAGGGACAGAAUCUUGAGGUGGUGGAGGAAUUGAUAAAAGCAGAUCCCUCGACAGUAAACAUGGUAGAUAAUAAGGGAAACACAGCAUUGCAUAUAGCAACCAGGAAAGCCAGGACCCAGAUUGCAAAGAUGCUUCUCGAACAUAAGGAAACAAAUACAAAAGCUGUUAAUAGAUCUGGUGAAACUGCUGUAGACACCGCUGAGAAAAUGGGGAACCAAGAUGUCAAAGCCAUUUUGUUGGAACACGGUGUUCAGAGUGCCAAAGCCAUAAAGCCACAAGGUACUUCUACAGCCCGUGAAUUGAAACAAACCGUUAGUGACAUAAAGCACGAGGUCCAUUACCAGUUGGAACACACGCGCCAAACCAGAAAACGUGUUCAAGGAAUCGCGAAGCGCAUCAACAAGAUGCACACAGAAGGGCUCAACAAUGCAAUCAACUCCACAACUGUGGUAGCAGUCCUAAUUGCCACUGUUGCCUUUGCUGCUAUUUUCACAGUCCCUGGCCAAUUUGUUGAUGACCCAAAAAACAUUCCUCCUGGGAUGUCUCUUGGUGAAGCAAACAUAGCCCCUCAAGCUCCGUUUAUCAUUUUCUUCAUCUUUGAUUCGAUCGCGCUCUUCAUUUCGCUGGCAGUGGUGGUGGUGCAGACCUCGGUCGUGGUUAUUGAAAGCAAAGCAAAGAAGCAGAUGAUGGCCAUCAUCAACAAGCUAAUGUGGCUGGCUUGUGUGCUUGUUUCAGUGGCCUUCUUGGCACUGUCUUUUGUGGUGGUAGGAAAGGAAGAGAAGUGGCUGGCAAUUGGAGUUACCAUUAUAGGGACAACCAUAAUGGCAACCACGUUGGGAACCAUGUGUUACUGGGUCAUUAGGCAUCGCAUUGAGGCCUCAAAUUUGAGGAACAUUCGGAAAUCUUCAUUGGAAAGCAAGUCAAGGUCUUUUUCACAGCCUGCUCUUUCAGAUUCAGAGCUACUUAACAAUGAGUUUAAGAAAAUGUAUGCAAUUUAGGAGUUGAGUUACUGAGCCUGUUCCCUUUCCA